AUGUCGCUUCCUGACGAAAAGAAUCCCAAAGAUGCCUUCGUCAUCGGCGAAAGCGAAAACGAAGCUCAUGAUGGAGUCAAAGUCCCUUAUCAUGUAGAUACCGAGAGGUCAGUCUACGUGGACUCCAAGAGGACGUGGAGAUCAUUCUUCUGGUCGACACUCGAUGUUCCCAAAGAUGAAGCACGGUUUCUGACCAAGCUCGAUUUGACACUCAUAUCAGCAUCAGCUCUCGGCGUUAUGUGUCGCUAUCUUGAUCAAGUCAACAUCACGAAUGCUUUCAACAGUGGAAUGAAAGAGGAUCUUUCGUUGUUCGGAAAAGAACUCAACUACGCCAACGCUAUUUGGAGUGCAGCAUACGUGUUCGGACAGAUACCGUCGAACCUACUUCUCACCCGAGUCAAUGCUCCUCUUUACAUUGCAUUUCUCGAGUUUGCCUGGACAGUCUUCAUGUUGGAUUACGAGGCAGAAAAGGGGCCCUAUUAG